AUGGCCACCACCAUCCCCAAGCCCCUCUCCACCUGCUGCCUACAGGCCUCCCUCUGGGAGGGCACGCCAACCGGCACAGAAACCACGCUCGACGGCGUCCCCAACCCAACCUACGUCGCCUACCCCCCCAACACCAACACCACCAACACCACCACCACCACCACCGACACCCCCACCGCCAUCCUCUACAUCCACGACCUACUCGGGUGGGACGUCAUCGACUUCGACGCCGCGCUGGCCGGCCGCUACGACGAGAUCGACAUCCCGGGCAUCAUGGCGCGGCAGGCGCGCGCGGUGCGCGAGCCCGAGGUGCUGGCUUAUGCUAGGGCGUUGCGGGGGCGGUAUGAGAGGGUGGGGGCGGUCGGGUAUUGCUAUGGGGGGUGGGCGGCGUUGAGGCUCGCGGCGGGGGAGUUUAAGGGGGAGUUUGGAGGGAGGGGCUUGGUGGAUUGUGUUUCGGUGGGGCAUCCGAGUUUGGUGGUUGAGGGGGAUUUUGAGGGCGUGCGGGUGCCGGUGCAGUUGCUGGCGCCGGAGGUGGAUGAGAUGUUUACGCCGGAGUUGAAACUGUUUGCGUUUCUGACGCUGCAGAAGAGGGGGGUGCCGUUUGAUUAUCAACACUUCCCGGGGGUGGAGCACUGGUGUUUGGUUAGGGGGAAUGCGAAUGUGGAGGGGGAGAGGGCGGCUAUGACGAGGGGUCACGAGGCGCUGGUUGCUUGGUUCAAGCAGUGGCUUCAGGAGUAGGCAUGAUCCAUCGGUGUGAUCUUGGUGGCAGGUCUGAGGUAAGUCAUAGGUUACCGGGCUGGACUGAACUUGGUCAGUGUAAGCAUGCAAGUGUAAAGUCUUGAGGUUCCAUAUGCUUUGAUGUACUUGAAAGCUUUCUAUUUCUGCGUCUCGAUAGC